AUGUUGCUUCGGAUACUGAGACCAAAACUCCAGCCAUUUAAAACCCACUUCAACUUUCUUCAACCCAUCUCAUUACUCUGCACCACUCCUCAUCCAUGGCCGCCGCACGACACCGUGCUCACAGUCUCGGCCCUGAUCAAGAAACCCAACUGGGAACACAACGUUCACCUCAAAUCCCUAGUUUCUCACUUAAACUCGCGCUUGAUUUCAAGAGUCAUAGCCAUCCACUCCAGCGACGUUCCACUCUGCGCCGAUUUUUUCCGAUGGGUUUGCAGACAAUCGACUUACUGCUACGAUAUAGAUAGCAGAAUCCAGUUCCUGUAUAUGCUUGCGUCCGAUAAGUUGUUUGGGGUUUUACAUAAAGUGCUGGUAUGGCUAAUCAAAGAAUGCAGCGGUUCUGUAGAUGAUGCGCUGAAGCUCAUGGCUGCCAUUAACGGCGUGCGGGAAAUGGAAGGGUUUCGAGUUAAUUACCCUUGCUACAGUACGCUUCUGUUGUGUCUGGCGAAGUUGGAUAUGGGUUUGAUGGCUUUUUCAGUGUUUAGAAAAAUGGGGGAAGAUGGAUUUGUUGCCAGUGAGAUCGAUUACAGGGCUGUUAUAAAUGCUUUGUGUAAGGAUGGAUUUGUUCAGGCUGGGGAAAUGUUUUUCUCGAGAGUUUUGAAGCUCGGGUUUGCUGUAGAUAUUUAUAUUCACACCUCCUUUGUGCUUGGGAAUUGCAGAGCUGGGGAUCUUGGUAAUGCAUUCAGAGUGUUUGCUUUAAUGUCAGAAAAGGAUGGCUGUGGUGUGAAUAAUGUUGUGUACUCAAUUCUUGUACACGGGCUUUGUGAAGCUGGAAAUUUAGACGAGGCGUGCCGAUUGAAAGACGAAAUGAGUGAAAAGGGCUUUCAGCCAAGCGUGAGAACAUAUACUGUUCUGAUUAAAGCUAUGGGUGACAGAGGAUUGGUUGACCGUGCUCUUGAUUUGUUGAACGAGAUGGUAAAGAGGGGUGUCGAGCCGAAUGUCCACACGUACACGGUUUUUGUUGAUAUGUUGUGUCGGGAGGGAAAGAUUGAAGAGGCUAAUGGGAUGUUUAGGAAGAUGCUAAAGGAUGGACUGAAUCCAAGUGUUGUGACUUAUAAUGUGCUAAUUAACGGUUAUUGUAAAGAAGGACGAGUGGUUCGGGCUUUUGAGUUGCUGGGGCUCAUGGAGAGAAGGCAGUGCAAGCCGAAUAUCCGCACGUAUAAUGAGCUCAUUGAAGGGCUGUGUAAAAUAGGUAGGCCUCACAAAGCGGUGGAAUUAUUGCAGAAGGUCAUCAGUAACAGGUUAUUUCCUACUGCUGUCACGUUCAAUAUUAUCGUUGCUAGCCUCUGCUGUGUGGGCCAGCUAAAAAUGGCUGUUAAGAUAUUUCACUCGAUGGGCUUAUUCGGAGUCGAGCCCGAUCGAUAUUCUUACAACGCAUUCAUUGACUGUCUCUGCAAGAUGGAAAAAAUGGACCAAACAGGUGUUUUUAUGGGGUUGAUGACAAAGAGAGGAAUAUCUCUCGAUGAAAUUACUCGAACUGCUCUCAUUUACGGUUAUUGUAAGAUUGGAAACACUAAAUCGGCACUUUUUCUGCUAGAGGAAAUGGUUAAAGAUGGGUUUUUGACUAGCCCGCAUGCUUUUAACAUAUUUCUUGAUUUCCUGUGCAAAGGAGGUAAGCUAGUCGAGACGAAUGCCAUGUUAGGGAAGAUGCUGAAGCUCGGUUUGGGCCCUUCGGUAGUGACCUACACUAUAUUGGUUGAUGGGCUUUGCCGAGCGGGCGAUUUGAAAGAGUCCCUGAAAAUGUUGGACCUCAUGAAACGGGCCGGUUGCCAGCCCAAUGUCUACACAUAUACUAUAGUCAUUGAUGCUCUAUGUAAAAAUGGAAAAUUGAAGGAUGUGGAGAAUCUCUUGAUCGAAAUGCGAGAAAACAACAUACUGCCGAACGAAUUCAUAUAUGCUCGACUGAUCAAGUCGUAUGUUGGGGAUGGGAGAUUGAAAGCCGCAUUUGAGAUUCUGCGUGCCAUGUUUGAAAAUGGCUGUACGCCCAACAACCGGAUAUAUUUCUAUUUACUUGCAGGGAUUUGUAUGCACGGUAAUUUUAAUUUCACUAACAUAGAUAUCGGCCAUGCCAUUCAGCUUCUGGAUGGUACUAAAGAAUUUUACGGCGACCCUUUUGGUGCAUACGAGUUUCUAAUCACGGGCUUUUGUCAGGCCGGGAAGACAUUGGAAGCCCAUACUCUUAUCCAAGAAAUGGCGAAAAAUGGCCUCGCACCCGAUAAAUCAUAUCUGCAAGUGCAUGGUUAUGCAUUCUUAUAA